UUCUGUUUUUCUUGAAACUCCUGUAUAGCCGGGCGCUCAUCUCCACUUUUCUGCACACCUGAAGCUCUGACAGCAGCAUGCAACAACCGGGCCGGCUGAGGCUGAGGCCGUGGCUGGAAGAGCAGAUUCAGUCUGGGAGGUAUCCGGGAGUCAGCUGGCUGGACCAGUCAGCACAAAUCUUCCAAAUCCCGUGGAUUCACGCCGCUCGUCACGGAUGGAGCAUUGACAGAGAUGCUACGCUGUUCAGGAGCUGGGCCGUGCAUACCGGACGAUACCGUCCAGGCAAGGACCAGCCAGAUCCCAAGACGUGGAAGGCCAAUUUCCGCUGCGCCGUCAAUUCGCUCCCUGACAUUUGUGAGCUGCGGAAGCACAGCAAGAAGAGGGGCAGCAACGCCUACAGAGUCUACAGGAUGCUGCCCAGCACCAAGACGCACAGACGCACGAGAGGGUUGCGGUUGCUCGGCCGGCCUCGAGAGAGACAGGCGAGUUUAGGCGACGACGCAAACGCAACGCACUCUUGUCCCCCCGCGGCGAGACCCGUUGCGGUCACGACACAGAAGCUGGAGAGCGCUGCGCAGGAGACGUUUGGCAGCGCGCAGGCCUUCGGGACGUGGGAGGCCAAACCAGAGGACCAGGAGCAGAACGAGGCCGUGUUCAAGUUGAUGGAACACUUAAGCAACAGUGACGUCUGGAACCAGGCCGGGGAGCAGAGAGGAUGGAGAACACACCCGCUGUGGGACCACUGGCACUGUGCUGGCGAAGAUAACCUGUACUCCAUGCAAACAGAGAACUACAGCGAUCUGUCGGGUUCCAGCUACAUCAAGGAGCUCCCCGAUUGGUCCAUUCACUAGAAACCACAGAUGCAUUAGCUGAACGCGCCAGCCUGCUGUUUGUGUCCUCUUCCUGCGUCCUCGUCUGCUUAGCUGACUGCUGUAAGAGGGAAACGAGAGAAUAUUGCUGUGCCAGUCAGUCGGCGGCCGUCCUCUCUGCUGAGCACGCUGUGAUUGAGAUCCUGUUCCAAGCCAAGCUUCUUCUCUGUCAUCAUCACUGGGGUUCACUGUGGUCCAGUGCCUCCGACACCAAGCUCACACAACGGCCCGCAGAGUCAACAGAUCGCAUUUCGCUUUAGUGCAGGAUCAGUCAUCGCUACGCUCUUUUGUUCGCCAGACGUACAGUUCGAGAAGGGCGGAGCAGCAAAAUAUAUGUACUUGAUUUUCACGCAGCACCUGCAUGUUUGUUUUGUGGGGUUUUGUACAACCUGUUUCCCUAAAUAUUUGUGCAUUUAUAAAGUGUCAAAGCAACUAAAACACAAAAGCUUGUUGUGAUUCUAAAGUGUGUGCCAUAGGUGACCCGAGUGGUUCAGAAGCCGGCUGUGUGUCUUCAAUAAAUUUGUAUAACCAGCAGUGAAA